AUGGAAGGUGAAGAAGCCGUCACUCAUCUCAUGGAGAUCCCCCCGAAUGACGAGGACACCCAGGAGCUCCCAAAAGUGGGUGAUAAAGGAGCCGAGGGAGCAGCAGCUGCAGAGGAGGCUGUGACCAGGGACACAAGGGACAGCGGUGACCCACCGGGGUGUCUGCGGCUGGACCAGGACAUGCCACGCUUGGACCAUGGGGACGGUGGAGCAGACACUCUCCUGAAGGCCUCGAUGGACAGGCAGAGGAGCACCCAGCUCUCGGCCCUUGACAGCUUCCCCCUGAAGCACUCGAACACACUGACAAACAGGCAGCGGGGCAACGAAGUCUCAGCACUCCCAGCCACGCUGGACACAUUGUCCAUCCACCAGCUCGCUGCCCAAGGAGAGCUCAGCCAGCUGAAAGAGCACCUUCGGAAAGGUGAGAACUUGGUAAAUAAACCUGAUGAGAGAGGUUUCACACCACUGAUCUGGGCUGCAGCCUUCGGAGAGAUCGAAACGGUCCGUCACCUGCUGGAAUGGGGUGCUGACCCCCACGCGCUGGCGAAGGAGCGGGAGAGCGCCCUGUCCCUGGCCAGCAUGGGCGGCUACACCGACAUUGUCAUCAUGCUGCUGGAGAGGAACGUGGACAUCAACAUCUACGACUGGAACGGCGGCACUCCUCUGCUCUACGCCGUGCGCGGCAAUCACGUCAAGUGUGUCGAGGCCCUACUAGGUAACGGGGAAGAUCUGCCCUUAGUCCUUGGCCUCGUUGCUCGUGGUGCUGACCUGACAACAGAGGCAGAUUCUGGCUACACCCCGAUGGAUCUGGCCGUGGCUCUAGGACACAAGAAAGUCCAACAGGUUAUCGAAAAUCACAUCCUCAAGCUAUUCCAGAGAAAGGAGCUGGAGUGA